UGUUACUAUAAAUAUUUGUUCAGAUCUGAUGGCCAAAAGAAAGGAAGAAAAUUUCUGCUCUCCUGAAAAUGCUAAAAGGCCAAGACAAGAACUGGAAGAUUUUGAUAAAGACGGAGAUGAAGAUGAAUGUACAAUUUCUUUCACUAACGGUACCUCUACUUUGACUGCAGCAGAAGUUGGAAUCAUCGAGAGUAUUCAGCUGAGAAAUUUCAUGUGCCACUCAAUGCUUGGACCUUUUAAGUUUGGUUCUAAUGUCAACUUCGUUGUUGGCAACAAUGGAAGUGGAAAGAGUGCUGUACUCACUGCUCUCAUAGUUGGCCUUGGUGGAAAAGCAGUUGCUACUAAUAGAGGAUCCUCUUUAAAAGGUUUUGUGAAAGCUGGACAGAACUCAGCAGACAUCUCAAUAACGUUACGGAACAGAGGAGAUGAUGCCUUCAGGGCAAAUGUGUAUGGCGACUCUAUAGUUGUGCAGCAACACAUUAGUGUGGAUGGAAGUCGAUCUUACAAACUAAAAAGUGAAAAAGGCACCGUGGUUUCUACUAGGAAAGAAGAGCUGAUUGCAAUUCUUGAUCAUUUUAACAUCCAGGUGGACAAUCCAGUUUCUGUUUUAACACAAGAGAUGAGUAAGCAGUUUCUACAGUCCAAAAACGAGGGAGACAAAUACAAAUUCUUCAUGAAAGCAACCCAGCUUGAACAGAUGAAGGAAGAUUAUUCAUAUAUUAUGGAAACAAAAGAAAGAACAAAGGAACAGAUAAAUCAAGGGGAAGAGCGACUUACUGAACUAAAGCGCCAAUGUUUGGAGAAAGAGGAACGUUUUCAAAAUAUUGCUGGUUUAAGUACAAUGAAGACUAAUUUAGAAUAUUUGAAACAUGAAAUGGCUUGGGCAGUGGUCAAUGAAAUUGAAAAACAAUUGAAUGCUAUUCGAGAUAAUAUCAAAAUUGGUGAAGAACGUGCUGCCAAACUUGACAGGAAAAUGGAAGAACAGCAGGUCAGACUUAAUGAUGCAGAAAAAAAGUACAAAGAUAUUCAAGAUAAACUAGAAAAAAUCAGUGAAGAGACAAAUGCACGAGCACCAGAAUGUAUGGCAUUGAAAACAGAUGUCAUUGCAAGGACAAGAGCUUUUAAUGAUGCUGAGGUUUUGUAUAACCGUUCCCUAAAUGAAUAUAAAGCAUUAAAGAAAGAUGAUGAACAGCUCUGUAAAAGAAUCGAAGAGCUAAAGAAAAGCACUGAUCAGUCUUUGGAGCCAGAGCGCUUGGAAAGGCAAAGAAGGAUCUGUUGGUUGAAAGAGAAAGUACAGGCUUUGCAGGACCAAGAAAGUGCCGUCAAUCAGGAGGCUGCACAGUUUGAGCAAGCUAUAGAAAAGGACAAACAAGAACAUGUCCGAAUUAAGAGAGAAGAUUUAGAUGUGAGGCAUACACUGACCUAUAAUCAGAGACAAUUGAAAGAACUGAAAGAUAGUAAAACUGAUCGACUAAAAAGAUUUGGUCCUCAUGUUCCAGCUCUUCUGGAAGCAAUAGAUGAUGCUUAUAGACGGAGACAAUUUACUCAUAAACCUAUUGGCCCUUUAGGUGCUUGCAUUCAUCUGCGGGACCCAGAACUUGCUUUGGCCAUUGAAUCUUGCUUGAAAGGACUUCUGCAAGCCUAUUGUUGCCAUAAUCACGCUGAUGAGAGAGUACUUCAGUCAUUGAUGAAAAAAUUUUAUCCACCAGGGACCUCUCGGCCACAGAUAAUCGUUUCUGAAUUUCGGAAUGAGGUAUAUGAUGUGAGACUCAGAGCUGCUUAUCAUCCAGAGUUUCCAACUGUUCUGACAGCUUUAGAAAUAGACAAUGCUGUUGUUGCAAAUAGCCUGAUUGACAUGCGGAGCAUCGAGACUGUGCUGCUGAUCAAAAAUAAUUCUGUAGCUCGUGCAGUCAUGCAGUCCCAAAAGCCACCCAAGAAUUGUAGAGAAGCUUUUACUGCUGAUGGUGAUCAGGUUUUUGCAGGACGUUACUAUUCAUCUGAAAGCACAAGACCCAAGUUUCUAAGCAGAGAUGUGGAUUCUGAAAUAAGUGAUUUGGAGACUGAGAUUGAAAAUAAAAAGGCCCACAUAACAAAUCUUCAGCACCAUCUGUCUGCCCUCGAGAAGGAUAUUAAAAGAAAUGAAGAACUUCUUAAAAGGUGCCAGAUACAUUAUAAAGAAAUAAAGAUGAAAAUAAGAAAAAAUAUUUCUGAAAUUCGGGAACUUGAGAAUAUAGAAGAACACCAGUCUGUAGAUAUUGCAACCUUGGAAGAUGAAGCUGAGGAAAAUAAAAUAAAAAUGCAGAUGGUUGAGAAAAAUAUGGAGCAACAAAAAGAAAACAUGGAGAAUCUUAAAAGGAAAAAAAUUGAAGCAGAAAACAAGUAUGAUACAAUUAAAUUGAAAAUUAAUCAGCUGUCAGAGCUGGCAGAUCCACUUAAGGAUGAAUUAAAUCUUGCUGACUCUGAAGUUGAUAGCCAGAAACGAGGAAAGCAACAUUAUGAAGAUAAGCAGAAAGAGCAUUUGGAUACUUUAAAUAAAAAGAGAAGAGAACUUGACAUGAAGGAAAAGGAGCUACAGGAGAAAAUGUCACAAGCAAGACAGAUCUGCCCAGAACGGAUAGAAGUAAAAAAAUCUGCAUCAAUUCUAGACAAAGAAAUUAAUCGAUUAAGACAAAAAAUACAGGCAGAGCAUGCUAGUCAUGGAGAUCGGGAAGAAAUAAUGAAGCAGUACCAGGAAGCAAGAGAAACCUAUCUUGAUCUGGAUAAUAAAGUAAGGACUUUAAGAAGGUUCAUUAAAUUACUAGAAGAAAUAAUGACUCAUAGGUACAAGACAUACCAACAGUUUAGAAGGUGUUUGACAUUGCGCUGCAAAUUAUACUUUGACAACUUAUUGUCUCAACGGGCUUAUUGUGGAAAAAUGAAUUUCGACCACAAGAAUGAAACUCUUAGUAUAUCAACAUUGGAAAGCUGUGGAAGCAACAGCGACUAGAUGAAUUGAAAUUCCAAGAAGUGGGAGAGCCUGUCCAAAUCUUCUGUGAAAGAGUCAUUUGAGACCUCCCAAGGAGUUGUGACCCACAGAUUGAGAACCCUUGUGAUACAGAGCCAUCCAGAUACAUGGAAACCAAGUGUAGAUUACAAGGAGCACAAGGGAAUUUACAGAAUGAUGGGUAGGUUCUUUAUUCUGAAUAGCAGUUUUAUACAUAAACAUAUUUGCUAAUGCUUAGUUAAAUUGCACAGUUUUAAAUAUGUGCAGUUUUUUUGGAUACUAAAAUUAAAAAGGGUUUGUUACAGUUAUUUGAGAUUUCGUGCCACUGUGUGAGUAUGGAGGCCCAAAGACAAUUUGUGGGAGUUUAUUCUUUCCAUUGCGUGAACUCCUAAGAAUAAAAUUCAGAUGCUCAGGUUUGGCCCCAAGUACCUUAACCUGCUAAGCUAUCUUGUUGGCCCUGUUAUCUAUAUUUUCUCUUUUUAUCUCAAAGCUAUAAAAGUUACCAGAGAAAUGUGGCUUAGAAAUGUGUUUGGUAAUUAAAAGGAAAAGCAAGAAUAGAACCAAACUCAUGAUAAUUACAGGAGAUAGACUAGUGUCUUAUCACAAGUGAUGUAUUUAAUGAAAUAAGAGCCAUAGCUAUGUACAGUUUCAAUACAGAUUUUUUAUUUUCCUAGUUUUUUGAGACAGGGCUACUCUGUGUAGCCUUGGCUGUCCUGGAACUCACUUUGUAGACCAGGCUAGCCUCAAACUCACAAAGAUCUGCCUGCUUCUGCCUCCUGAGUGCUGGGAUUAAUGGUGUGUGCCACCACUAUCCAGUUUGUAAUCCAUACAAAACAUGGUUCUAAAACUUUGAAAAUGUAGUACCUGAUAGAAAGAACUCAUUGAUUGGCUUGGCUUAAUAGCCAGCUAAAUUAGCUAAAGAUAAAUUUGAGUUCAGUAAGUCAGAAAGAAUAUUUUAUGUGAGCAACAUAAAAAUAAAACAAAAACAUUGAACAGAGCUGAAGAGACAGGAAGGACACAUUUAGCAGGGUUUGUGAGAAUUUAAUUGGAGUUCCACUAAGAACAGAGUGAGCAAAGAGCAGAAAAAAGUUCAGAACCACAGUUCCUUGGGUCAAGAGCAUCAAAUUUAACCCCGUUCUGAGAUUCUCUCACAUUUUGGGAAGUGCUCUUAAUUUAUAAUAAACCAAAACACCAGAGCUACACCGAAGUCUGUAGAACAACCACUGCAAAGACUGUCAAGUAAAUGCAUACUAAAGCUCAAAUAAAAGAAGCAGAAAAAGAAACUACUUAGUGAGAAGCUGGGUAUGUUUAAUCACAUUUGGAAUGCUCAAGGAGGAGGAUUAACACAAAUUAAGAGGCCACUCUAGGCUACAGAGUGAGACCCUGUCUCAAAAUAAUCAAAAGAGAGAGAACAACAAAGAACAUGGAGAACAAACAUAAAAUAGUGUGAAAUAAAAUUUAGUACUGGUAAUUACAUAAGGCCUUUGUGUAUAAGACUUUGAGUCGUUAGAGGGAGACUUUAAUUAUUAACAUAAGGACAAGUAGGAUCCCAAUCAAAAACAUGGAGCAAAGGCAUGUCAUGAGAUAGAUAAGAAAGCUUACACACUGCUACUAACAACAAAAUGAGGUUUACACAGGCUUGAGACCAAAGGAGUGCUUAAUAGUAUUAGAAAGUUAACUUGAAAAAUAUUUGAAUUUGUAUAUUCAGAAGACGGUAAAUACAGAAGGAAUUGAGAGAACCAAAAGGCAAAAUAAGAGUUAAAUAUAGGUGGAAAAUUUAGAACUCUCAGUAAUUAAUGGAAAAUCAGAUUAAAAGUAAAGUUAUACAGGCCUUAUUGUAUUUACCAAAUUGACCUAGUAGCAUAAGUAUAGAAUACUGUGAUGGAUUAUAAUUUUUAAGAACUGCCUAUGGAACAUUUAUCAGCAUAGACCAUUUUCUUGUCCUCAGUUAAAAAUCCCAGUAAGUUUCAAAGAAUUAUAGU